AUGAGCCCUUCAGUCCCGAAACUACCCUCUGUCCUGGUGAACAAGAUCGCCUCACACACAGGCCCAAUUAAUGCCAUUACUUUCUCCUCUCUCGGCGGUACCUAUAUCCUUACGGGCAGCUCAGACCGACAAGUUCACCUCACCCGCACCGAGCCCUCCAAGCCUGACAACCCUUCGUCUACACCGAUCCAGAAGUACUCGGCGCACGGCUACCCCAUUCUCGAUAUCGCUUGCGCACAGGACAACCAGACCUUUGCAUCUGUUGGCGGCGACCGCGCAGUGUUUCUCUGGGACGUCCAGGCUGCGGACGGCACGCUGAGACGAUUUGGGAAUAAUACCACCCAGGGACAUACCAGUCGGAUCACAAGCGUAGCUUUUGCUGGAGACGGCGACAGCGUGCUCGUCAGCGGGAGUGAUGACACAAGCGUCAGAUUGUGGGACGUCAAGAGUCGGGAUGCACGGCCACUGAUGGUUCUCGAAGAGGCCAAAGAUGGAAUUUCGAGUGUCCUGGUGCCCGAGAACGGACACGAGAUUGUCGCUGCGAGUAUAGACGGCAGGGUACGAUCCUACGAUAUCCGCAUAGGCAGAGUGACCGUGGAUGUAAUGCCCGGAAGCGUGACCAGUCUGGACCUCUCGAGAGACGCUAGAACAGUGCUUGUGGGUUGUCUGGACGGGAGGAUUCGGCUAAUGGAUCGAGGAGACGGAACAUGCUUGAGGGCUUUCCCUCCCGAAGAAGCCACGGACGGGUACAAGAAUGAGAGCCUCAGAUUGCGGAGCUGUCUCGGAGCCAACGACGGCUUGGUCCUGAGUGGAAGCGAGAGCGAUGGCACCGUGCGCGCCUGGGAUGUUCUCUCCGGCAAGGCCGUUGGCAAAGUCCACCUCAGUGACUCUGACAGGGUAGUGAGCGUCGUGACAUGGAGAGAAGGCAGCCAGGCGCAAGCGCGACAGAGUCUUUGGGCCGGCGGAGGCGCUGAUGGUGUAGUCAAGAUCUACGGCGCUGGAUGA